GAGCAGGGCUCUCGCUGGAAGCUCGGCCCCUACCAGGCUCCUUUUCGCCUCCCGGCGCUCAGGAAGAGGACAAGAGCGUAGAAACUCCAAUGGGGCAGGAGCUGGCGUUCUGACCAGGUGCGACCCAACUUGGGGCUGGGACGGAGGUGCGGGACGCGCUCCAGGUGCGGGGCCAGAGCCCGAGCGCGGCCCGCAGCUCCCAGGGCGUGGGCGAGCCGGCCGCGUGUGCCUCGGUGCUUGACGGGAACAUUAGCCAAUCAGGGAGUGCGGCCAGGCUACCACGUGACAGGCGAGGCGGCCCUUUUCCCAGCGCGGCCAGAGGGAGGAGUGGAACGGAUCGCUGAGCCUGAGAGUGCAGCGGCCACGGAGGAGGCGGCGGCAGGCGGAGCGGCAGCGGCACAGGCUCCCGGCCAACCCAGCGCGCAUCCCCAGUGCCCUGCGCUGCAGAGAGCUCGGAGGAGCGCGGGAGCAGCGACACAGGAGUGGACAAAGCAAGAUGGCAGGGAUCUUAGCCUGGUUCUGGAACGAGCGGUUUUGGCUUCCGCACAAUGUCACCUGGGCAGACCUGAAGAACACAGAGGAAGCCACCUUCCCGCAGGCGGAGGACCUCUACCUCGCCUUCCCGUUGGCCUUCUGCAUCUUCAUGGUGCGGCUCAUCUUCGAGAGAUUCAUAGCCAAACCAUGUGCCAUAGCCCUCAACAUCCAAGCCAAUGGACCACAAACUGCCCAGCCAAAUGCCAUCCUGGAAAAGGUCUUCACUGCCAUAACUAAGCAUCCUGAUGAGAAGAGAUUAGAAGGGCUUUCCAAGCAGCUGGACUGGGACGUUCGGAGCAUCCAACGCUGGUUUCGACAAAGACGCAACCAGGAGAAACCCAGCACUCUGACCAGGUUCUGUGAGAGCAUGUGGAGAUUUUCCUUUUACCUCUAUGUAUUCAGCUACGGAGUCCGGUUCUUGAAACAGACCCCUUGGUUGUGGAAUACAAAACACUGCUGGUAUAACUACCCUUACCAGCCACUCACUGCUGACCUUCACUACUAUUACAUCCUGGAGCUGUCGUUUUAUUGGUCGUUAAUGGUUUCCCAGUUCACAGAUAUCAAAAGGAAGGACUUCGGCAUUAUGUUCCUGCACCACCUUGCAACAAUUUUCUUAAUAACCUUUUCAUAUGUCAACAACAUGGCCCGAGUAGGAACCCUGGUCCUCUGUCUUCAUGACUCAGCUGAUGCUCUGCUAGAGGCUGCCAAAAUGGCAAAUUAUGCCAAAUUUCAGAAAAUGUGUGAUCUCCUGUUUGUCAUGUUUGCCGUGGUUUUUAUCACCACACGGCUGGGCAUAUUUCCUCUCUGGGUGUUGAACACCACAUUAUUUGAAAGUUGGGAGAUCGUGGGACCCUACCCUUCCUGGUGGGUUUUUAACCUGAUGCUUUUGUUACUACAAGGGAUGAACUGCUUCUGGUCUUACCUGAUUGUAAAAAUAGCUUGCAAAACUGUUUCAAAAGGCAAGGUGUCCAAGGAUGACCGGAGCGACAUUGAAUCUAGCUCAGAGGAUGAGAACUCAGAGCCUCCAGGGAAGAAACCACACUCUUCGACAACCACCAACGGAACCAGUGGUACCAAUGGGUACCUCCUCACUGGUCCUUGUUCCCUGGAUGAUUAAUUACCCAAAACUAUAAGUUCUGAACAAAGGGAACUGUUUGUUCCUGGAAGUAUUUAAUAAGUUGCAAAUGCAGUUCCUUUUAUGAUAUUUCAUCACCAGAGACAAAAAAAAAUUAGGAUUCUUGGAGCAUUCUGAAUAGUGUACUGCCACGUGUCCUGUCUGUGAAUGAAGAAAUCCAUUCUUUCUAUGUAGGCAUGCUGUAUGUAACUGACACAGGGAACAGUAUUUGCAUUUGUCUUAGGAUAUUAUUUAUUUUUUUAUUUGUUUGUAAAUCUGUGGACGACAAGGAUUCCCUCACUCCCUUUAUUCUCUGGGCUCAUGAUUGACAGUAAAGCUGUCCCAUCUGCGUGUACCCCUUUACCACACUGUAGUCCAGUGUGCCAUGAGCAUCAGCCUACUUUAUCCCCAGUCCCAUGCAAGAUCCUCACACAGUUCCCAGUAGGUUGGCUUUCUUUCUGUUCUACACCAAUUUUAUAAUUGCCUGUAUAGUUGGUGACCAUUGUCCCACGUGAGUCUAAACAGGAUGAACCAGGUGUUUUCAUUGCCAAUCUUUGUGAUCACUUAGCAGUUCAAAUGAAAGAGGAUGGCUGGGGUUGGGGGGUAACUUUUGAAUUUUAUAGGACACUGCCUUGGGAUAGAGUUUGUCUCUUGUGCACAAACAUGAGAUUUCUUUUCUGGGUAGGUGGUCCAGAGUUGACCAUGUUGGUAACAAAGUUAUUUUGCCCUCCAGUAAAGUCAGUGUUCUGAGUAUGAAACAAUGCCAUUUGUUUAAUUUCCCAGAUACAAAGGGACCCACAUACUGAGUUCUGGAAAUCUCAUAAGGAUAGCCACUGACUUCAACCAGGUCUUGCCAUGACUUCUGCUGUAUUAACCCACUCUUCUGUCCUGACAUAUAAAAAAAGAGGAAGCCAAGAAUAUUCUGAGGCAGGAAAAGAAAAAGUCUUGUGGGAGUUGGCAAAGACUUCCUUCCCUGCAAAGCACUUUAUUGCAACCAGCUUUCAAGAGAAAGCCCUAUCUAGUAUUAGACUUUGUAUUUUGCUGAGCAAAAUAAAUUGAAUGGGAGAAAGACUUUUAACCCUUUGCCUUCCUCCUCAAAUGCAUCCCAUAAUGACUUUCUUGUUGCUAGAAGCAUCCACCCCACAGGACAAGUCUGUUCUUAGUGCUCUGACUCGUGGGGGCUCCUAUGAAUUUCUCCUCAAGUGGAGCUAUUUCCAGAAAAACAGUAAAAAUUCUACUGGAGAAUAGCAGUGACAGCUGUGGGGAAAAUUACCAAAGAGUAAGUCAUGAGCCCUCACCCACCUCACCUCCCACCCCCACCCCUCACCCCACCCCCCACAGCCAGUGUCACUUUUGUGUGGCUACAGAAACCACACAGAUGAGCCAAGGAUUUGAUCCCAUCUCAUCUUCAGUAAAAAGGGAACUGAAUGGGAUUACAAGUACUCAUGAGACAAACAUCGCCUAAAACAGGACUCCAAACCAUUCAGCACUGAGUAGCCAGUAGCUUGACAGUCCUGCUCAGAGCCACCCACACUCCAUUUUGUUCUUUUAAACUAAAUCUGCAUACCCAUACUUUGAAGCCUAUGAGUUAACAGUUAAGUGGACUCCCAAAGAACUCUCGCUGCAAUAUUAAAUCUUUCACCACCAAAUUACAAAACAGUAUUUUCUGGUAUGGUCCAGACAAUAAUUUUAAAAGCUUGGACACAUGUCUAGUGGUUACCACAGAAGACAGUACAACUAACUGUGUGUGUUGAGCCUUGUUGAUCUAUUAAUCAAAACAGUUAUAUAUCUAGGAGUGAAACUUGAAAGUGAGUUUGUAAGACCAGUGAUAAGACACCAGAGGUACUGUAAGUAAAUAAUCAGAGCAUUUGCUCAAAUGCAAAUGGAUGAAAAUCAGUAGCAGUGUUGAGAUGGUGAAAUUUUGUCAUCAGCUAAGCUGAGGAGCCUACCCAUCACCAGUUAAUGUCUGGGCACAUCCUCCCAGGGUGAGAUGGGUGUGACAACCACUGUGUACUUAUAUAUGAACCAUGUGACACUUUUUAGCACAGAAGAAUUUUAAGAUCAAUCUGUGAAUUCAGAACACGUAUAUAGAAUGAAGUAAGUUGAUCCUGUCCAUACCAAAGGGGGAUCUAAACCAACUUUUCCAUGGAAAUACUGUGGAAGACGAGGGACACGCUUUCUGACUAAUGCCAUUAGCUUGGCUUGGUCUCUAAUGUGUCUGCUGAUUUUUGUUUCAUUUUACCUUGGUGAGAAAAUAAUUGUGUUUGGCUAAUUGGGAUGGGGUUUGUAGGCUUUUUCUGGAAUAGAAUAUUAAUAUCUCUGUCUAAUGUUCUCCCAUAAAUGGACGGAUAAGACUGAGAACAGGCACUGUCUGAGGAAUAUUAUCCACAUAUGCCAGGCCAUAGCUCUCAGAAGUCUAAUUUGUAAAUCCAGCUUUAGGUUAGUUCUGAGUGGUGUUCUUGGAAUUAGCGUAGCUUGUGGUGAUGUCUCCCUCUUCCUGGUUGCAUCCAAAUUCCCCAGGGUACCAAAGUGUGUGUAGAAAGGACUCUAGAAAAAGUAACUUUCAUAGCUUACCUAGAUUUAGUGAGGGGGGAAAGUAGGAAAUCAAGUAGAAUUUGGCCUUGAGUCAAUAAUUGAUAUAGCCAUGUCUGAUUUAUGUGUGCAUAUGUAUGUUUUUCCAAAAAGUGAUAAAACUAAGUUAUUACUGAUUCAUCAUGGUCAUUCAUAUCCCUGUCCUUCAAAAGAAAAUACAUUCAACCAUGAACUCUACCAACUUUCUUUCUCCUUAGUUUUGUUUCAUACCAGCUGAGAGUAGCAAAACCCUUUUGGCCUCUCAGUCACAGAGCUCUCUGAGAUAGAACCCCAGCCCUAAGCAUCUGCUGCCGUACAGAAGACACACCCAGUUCACCAUCACAGUUCAGUCCUGUGGCUGUCGAGAGCAGAAGAGCAACUGCAGGAUCAGUAUUGUGGGCCAUUCAAGUGUUUAUUGUAAAAUGCAAAUAAUUGCCACUAACCCCAUGGUUCUGAUGUCUGCUGGACUGCCAGACAGGGCAUAUCCCAAACUGUCAUUAGAUUGUGCCAUUGACAUCAAACACUGAUGAACAAGGCAGCAAAGGCAGGGACCAAGCAAGACCAGUCAUCUUUAGCCCAUAUGAUAGGUGAGUCUCAAACUGGUAAAGUCUUAUCUGAGUCAUACACUUGACAAAAGCACUGUGGUGCUACCAUGGUCCCAAAAGGUGAUGACAUAGCCUAGGUACAGAGGCAGUACUGUCUGCUUGUGUGUCAGUACACUCAUUGAUGGUCGCAGAGUGACACAAAUGUAUCCCUAUUGUGACGUGACAUAUGCCUGAGCUUUUUGAGCAAGCUUAAUGCCUCUCUUUCAUUUUAGAUAGAAAGGUCUGAAUCUUCCACCUUGCAUUUAAAUCUCAUUGUUCUUUGGGCUAAGGAAAAAUGAGACUUCGUUGUUACAAAGGACAUUGGGCAUUCUCCUGUGUCUUUGCUGACCAACUCUUCCGAGAGAAUGAAUGGGUGCCUUCGGUUAUCUCCAACCCAGCUUAUAUUACUAAUCAUUUUGGGGUAAAUUAAUGCCAAAGUUGCUUGGAUAUUUGAGUAUUUUCCUUAAUUUGAAAAAGAAAAAUAGUGUGCAGAAUUACCCCAAAGGUAUGGAUGAGGACCAUUUAUCAGUACGGGAGAUGAUGUCAUUAUACCCAGAGAGGCCUCAACACCUUUGGAAGUAAAAAGUUAAGUGUUGGCACUUUAUGUAGUGUUUGUGGUAUUAAGGCUCCUACCUGCCUGUCACUUUUCUUGUCUUUGGCUUAUUUCUGCUUAGUCAAUAAGUCACUUAGCCCUGAAGUGUUUCUAACACCCAAAUGAGAAAAAUAUCAAAGAAGACUAGUGUCAGCCUGACCAGAAAGUGAUCACACAGCUCUUGUGUAGCAAGAUGAUCACACAGCUCUUGUGUAGCAAGAAAGAAAUGCAGAGGGCUCUAACUGCUGCAGUUGCCUUCAAGUAAGCUCUCCCUAUCAGGAACGAUCAUAAAGCUCUCAAAGUGAAACAAGACUUUUUCCUUAAAUAUGUUCUUCCGAAGGAUCAGCAACUCCUCCGGAGGUAAAAUUGUGCUGUUCUCCAAAUGCUGUGGGCUAAUUAGCAAUACUCUACCAAUCACAUUUUAGUUCCAUGAACUAACGGGCUAAAAGGAGGGCCCUGUAGUUCGCCUAUGGGGCUCCAAACAGAUGUGAGGGAGCCCUAGCCAAAGCUCUUGAAACUCCUGUAACCAAUACUCAAAGGCAGCCACUUUAAUGAAGAAAAUCAUAUUGAAGGGCAUUGUCACCAUAGGUAAUGAAGGCUUUUGUGACUUGAUGUAACCCAAAGCCUUUGACAGGACUGCAUUGGCAGACGGGUGCAUUGAGACCCCACCAAUGCUGAGAAAUUGAAAAAGCUUGGACCGUGGGGUGACUUAUGGCAUCUGCAUAGACUCGGGUACUCUGGCGAUUGCUGGGAAGUGAUGAGAGGGCCCUGUCAGCCUGGAGCUGGUCUCCUUCGUCUUAUUCACUCAGAGCCCUUACAGGCUAAAGAAAGCCAAAUGCUAACAUUUUUCUGCUUUCCGGUUACUAAUGACUGUUAGAUCAGCUCUCUCCAUCCCUUCUUCUGUCUGGUCCCAUUUUCAGGAGGUGGGAGAGGCUCUGCCCGUGCACACCUGUUUCCGUAACGCAGGUCCGCAAAUACUUGGCUUCCUGGACUGUGUGUCCUCUGGGGACCAUGGUGCAGCAUCAGGCACCAUAGUUUCUGUGCUCAGUGAAGAAAUUUGAUUUCAUUCAUAUUUUUAUUCUCUUUACCUACCGUAAAUGUCAGAAACUGUAAAACUGUCCUUAAUGUGAAAGCUUUUGGUUUUUGUUUUUGUUUUUAUUUGUUUUGGUUUUUUUUAGUGUUAGCUACAAAGCUACAAAGCUCUGGAAUGGUUACGUUAUGAUUCUGGAAUGUUCCCUCGAAGCUUAAUUAACAUAAAUGUGGACCACACUCCAGCUUAAUUCCCCUGUGCACACCGUUCUCAUCACUCCUGUGCCCAAGUCCUAGUCAUUUACCUUCAUGGCCUUUAGCUGUCAUAGAAAGGGAUGGCGGUUAAUUUGGGGAUUUGUUUCUCUUUUCCAGCUUUCCCCGGGGACUAGGAUAAGUGACAGAACCUCAUUUGUUUUCUAAAGAUAGUUCAGUGCGUGAGCAUCUGUCAGAAGUGGAAUGGUGUGCCAUUAGCCAGUAAGAAUCACUCCAUGUUCUGUCACUGUGUUUUGCUGAUUUUUAUAUGGGAAUAUAAUUACUUGUUCUUGAUCUUUGGAAGUAAUUGUUAUUAUGAGGAUCAUUUUACUUUGGAAACACUUUCAUAAUAAAGAUAAACAUUAAGAGUA